AUGCCUAGGACGGCAAACCAGCAGCCGAACCCCGAAUCGAAACGGCAGCGACGGAAGCAACGUGCAAUACAGAAAAGGCGGAUGCAAAUGGAGAAGAUUGAGCAGAAUGAAAACAAUCAACAAAACGUGCAGAGUGAGAACCAGCAGUGGAAUAGCAACAAUACCAAAAAAGGGAAAGAACAGAAGAACAAGAAAGAGAAUAAGAAUGAUGAAGGCCAGGAGCACCAGCCCAACUCUCAACCGUGGCCAGACGAACGACACCCUGGUGGCGGGAUAACAGGACAAUGGCACGGCCAACACCACAGUCACGCUAAUGACUGUAAUGAGGAACCAAAUCCAUGGCUGAAGGAAGAUCGUUACAAGAGAGCCUCCCCUGAGCAUGAGGCCAGUGAUCAGGGCUGGGGUGAUGAACCAAACCUACGGCCGAAGAAGAAUCGUAACAAAAGAGCCAACUCCCUCAACGCGUCCUCGCGGCGAGUGGGGUGGGAGUCACCGUGGGAUCGAUCAAGUCCAGCCCCAAGCCUCGCUGAAAGUUCGGGGCUACUAUGGGGCAAAGGGAGCAACUGUGAUAAAUCACCGGAUCAAGCAGGGAGAGCACAGUCAGACGCCGGGUCUACUUAUGGUCUUGCUGCUAUGGGAGCCUGGGACGACGGUGAAGACAAACAGCACGGCUGGGGCAGCUCGUCUAGGGAUCCAGAUGAGAAGUGGUACGAGCCAAAGUGGAAGGAGAAUGCCAAGUGGGAGACAGACGGAUCCUUGAGGCAGCAGGUGGCGGAAGCCAUGGGGACUUCUCGCGCCCGAGAAAAUCAUGGCAGUCCGGAACGCGGCUACCGUGGACGAAGCCCCGCAUACAGGACCUCGCCUGUAGGCCGCGGCGACUACGAUACAGGCUGGGGAGAUAACAACGAUACAGCCCGGAAAGAGGAUCCACAGUGGUGGUGA